AUGGUAGGUCUAUGGGGACCUGGAGGCAUAGGGAAGACCACAAUUGCUAAAGCCCUAUAUAAUUGUAUUGAGAAAGAUUUUCAGGAUACCUGUUUUUUGGGGAAAGUAAGAGAAACUUCGAACGAAAGCAAUGGUCUAGUUUCUUUGCAACAAAAACUUCUAUCACGCAUCUUUCCUCGUGAAAACUGGACGGUAUAUAGUGUGGAUGGAGGAAUUCCUUUGAUAUGGGAAAGACUUUGUUGCAAGAGGGUUCUUCCGGUUCUUGAUGAUGUGGACAAGUUGGAUCAACCGAAUGCGUUAGCUGGAGAAGGCCGUUGGUUUGGCAAAGGAAGUAGAAUCAUUGUUACAUCAAGAGAUAAACAUUUGCUAACUUCUCAUGGCAUCAAUUUUGUGUAUAAAGUUAAAACUUUAGAUGACAAUGAAGCACGAGACCUUUUUGGUCGGCAUGCCUUUCGAAGUAGCAAGAAAGUUGAGAUAAGAAGGGAUCUCAUAGAUAGAGCAGUGCGUUACGCUAACGGCCUGCCGUUAGCCCUUGAAGUGUUGGGCUCGUUCUUAUGUGGAAGAGAGGAGCCUGCAUGGGAAAGUACACUGGAUAAACUCUCUAGAAGUCCCGACCAAACUAUCAAUCGAAUUCUUAAGAUAAGCUUCAACGGAUUGGAUAACAACGAAAGGGAGAUUUUCCUCGAUAUUGCUUGCUUCUUUAAGGGGAAAGGAAUAAAAUACAUCAAGGAAGUACUUGACAGCUGCGAUUUUGCUACAACUAUAGGAAUAGAAGUUCUCAUCGAGCGGUCCUUGAUAACAAAUGACCAUGGGACCCUGCAAAUGCAUGAUUUAAUUCAGUUGAUGGGUAAGGAUAUUGUUAAUCAAGAAUGCCCCAAUGAUCCUGGGCAGCGCAGCAGAUUAUGGAUUUUUAAAGAUGUUCUGGACAUUCUAUGUGGAGAUACGGGAACGAAUGCAAUGAAGGCCAUAGUAUUGGACUCACCCGAAGCGUAAGAGAUAACUAUUAGUCCUCAUGCUUUCACAAACAUGAAAAGGUUGAGAAUUCUCAUUUUGUCUAUAGUGCAUAUCUCUUCAGAAGGUCCUAUACGUCUCCAUAACGAGCUAAGAUGGCUUAAAUGGCCCAAUGCACCGGAUCUAGAAUUUGGCUCUGGUCCAAAGGAACUUGUUGUAAUUGAUGUCC